AUGGCGGAAUCGAAUGGCCCCGUUCUGGUCAUCUCCCUAUGGGUUAUGACCGGCGUGACGCUCGGGUUCAUUGCGUUGCGGUUCUUUUGUAAGAGCGUGUACUCGCGACAGCUGAAGGUCGACGAUGCAAUCUUGCUACUCGCCUGGACCCUCACACUCAUCUACUCUGCCCUCGUGACAAAAUCCGUCAGCUAUGGCCUGGGUAAACACCGAGCAGACAUUGACGACGAUAACAUCCCCCACAUGUUCAAAUACAUGUACUUGAGCGAGGCAUUUACGCUCCUCGCCAUCCCUAUAUCCAAGACAUCGUUUGCCAUCACGCUGCUCCGCCUCGUCUCCAGCCGAUGGCAGAAGUACUUCAUCUGCUUUGUCAUCAUCACCAUGAACGUGGCCAUGUGGCUCACGGCCAUCCUACUCUUCUUGCAAUGCAGGCCUAUUGCGAAGAACUGGGACAAGGACCUCGAGGGCUCGUGCUGGAAGUCGGAGGUGCAGGAUCGGUAUUCUAUCUUUGCUGGAGUCUACUCCGCCGUCCUCGACUUCAUCCUCGCAGCAUUCCCCUUCCUAAUAAUCCGCACCCUGAAGAUCAACCUCUCAGAGAAGAUCGGCGUCACAGUCUGCAUGAGUCUCGGCGUCCUAGCAGGAAUAGCCGCCGCAGUGAAAACGUCCUACCUCCCGGGCACCGGCAACUUCACCGACAUGCCCUACCAAAUCGCCGACCUGCUCAUCUGGUCCAACGCCGAGUCUGCCGUCACGAUCAUGGCCGCCUCGAUCCCCUUCUUCCGCGUGUUGUUCCGCAACGUCGGCGCGUCGUGGAGGGGCGAGGGCAAGAGCGGCGCCACGAUGACUACGGGGCGGGGCUACGGCAGGAAUAAGGGGAGGGGGAGUUACAGGUUGGGGAGUCUCGGGAGUGCGGGAGACGUUGGCGGUGACGACGUUGGUGGGGAUGAUGGGAGAAAAGCGGGCGUGCGGGUGGGGAUUGCUCUUAGCGAUGACACGAGUGAGAGGGAGGAUGGGAUUACCUUCGUCGAGGACUACGAUGAGGUGAGGAAAGCGCAUGUUCGAGGUGCUGACGUUGCGAAGACGCGGUCGCUGCAGGACGAAGAGUCGAGUAUAGGGUACGUCGUGCAUGAGAGACCUGGGAUUCGGUUUUGA